AUGUCGACCGCGCGCGGGGCGUUUCGCGCGUUGAUGCGCGCCCGCGCGCGGGCGUUCGACGGUGACGCGCGCGCGCUCGAUGCGGCGCGGGUGGAGAUCCGCGCGAGGUUCGAAGAGGCGAGAGACGCGGACGAGGCGCGGGCGAGCGCGAUGAUUCGGGAGGCGAACGACGCCGCGAGGUUCAUUCGAGAGAACGUGGUGCAGGCGAGACGAGAGGAGGAAGAUGGAACGUUUAAGAUGGCGGUGGAGGCGAGACACGCGGAGGGACUGACGAUUGAGCGGGCGGAUGGGAGGGAUGACGGCGGGUGCGGGAGCGCGAAGAAGGAAACGUAG